CCCUAUUAUUAGUGCCUCAUUCUUAUCAGGAACUUGAUGGACCUUCAUUUUAGCGAUGCUCGUUAAGCCUUUCUCAUUUUUUUUCGCCAAAGGUGAUGUUAGUGGCACUUGUGGAGUGCAGUGAACACCGUCACUAUCAGAGUGAAGUGAGUCACACAGCAGAGGUGUUAUAUCAAGACAGUUGUACCAUAUUUGUUCAGUGUUCAACAUGCAGAUGAAAGCACUGGUAACAUUGGCAUUUUCUGCCUCAAUAGGACUAAUGUUCCUGAUUCUGGCAUGUGCCUUGCCAGAGUACAACAACUGGUGGCCCUUCUUUGUGCUCAUGUUCUAUGUGCUGGCGCCAAUACCAAGCAUUAUCGCACGUAGAAUGUCAGAGGACACUGGAGGAAGCAACCCCUGCAAGGAGUUGGCAUACUUUGUGACAGCUGCCCUUGUGGUAUCAGCAUUUGGUCUUCCUAUUGUCUUAGCAAGAUCGCCUGUUGCACAGCCGGUAAUUCAGUGGGGUGCUUGUGCACUAGUCUUGGCAGGAAAUGUGGUGACAUUUUUAACCAUUUGGGGUUUCUUCAUCAUGGCUGAUAGUGAUGAUGUGGAGUACAGCAUGUGGUAAAGAUAGUGAUGAUGUGUAGUACAGCAUGUGGUGAAGAUAGUGAUGAUGUGGAGUACAGCAUGUGGUGAAGAUAGUGAUGAUGUGGAGUACAGCAUGUGGUGAAGAUAGAGCCCAAGAUUCAUUGGGUUAAUGAACAUCAUGCAGUAAAGUGGUCAUCAGUAUUUUUUAAAAAAUCAAAUCCUCAGAGCUUCUAUUUGAUGGUUGGCAUUUAUUAGUUUGAUUCAGUUUUGGGGAACAUCAAUACAGUGUCUUUUGCUCAUCAUAAACAUGUAUAGUACGUGCUACUGUUAGUGUUGCUGACUUCCAUACUUGGCAGUGAUUUCUUAAAACUUAGAUUUAACCCUUUAACUGGGCACUGUGGGCAGCUUUACCACCUUUCUGGUGGGCAGUUUUUUAUGAUAUUGUAGAGUAUAUAAUAUAGUAUGGGAAAAUGAGUAAAAUAUGAACACUUUACCUGAUGUUGAAGUGAAGAAUUUAUAGGCUGUAUAAUGAGGCAGACUUUUUCACAGGUAUAUAUAUACCUUGAUGCCAGUAAAAGGCUCUUGAUCUAAGGAACUGGACUUAUCAUACCCUUCCUUGGGUUGAACUUGAUAGCUUCCCCAGGUGCGUAACCCUUAAGGGUUUAGCACUUGCCACUGAUUUCAGUAAAUAAUUUGCAGGUAUAGAACUACACUGUAGAUAGAUUUAUUAGCAUCUUACAUAUGUUUUAGUGUGUAAUACUUUAUGAAGCCAGGUAACCUAUAAAUGUAAGUCACUUUACAGUGAAAUUAUAACGCAAUGAUAUGCUUAUUACGCAGCUGUGGAGCGAACCCUGUCUGCACUGUGUUCAUGUAUGUCAUUUGAUGAACAUUUAAAAAUUUUGCACCAUUCAGCGAUAUGUUUGGUCAUGUCUAUGGAAAGCUUUGCUUUUUAUUUACUGUUUUCAAAAGGCUAUGAAAUCACCACUGGUAUCACUUUCACUGCUAUUUACCCAAAAAGUUUAAUUUCUUGCUAUUAUGCAAGAGGGUUCAGACAUGCUUCAAACAUUUUUCAACAUUUUGUUUAUGCUGUUAAUCAAAGCAUUUUUUUUUUAACACCAGCCAUCUCCCACUGAGGGGCAGGAUGACCUGAAAAAGAAGAAACACUUUUUGUUACAUUUAGUAAUUUAUACAGGAGAAGAGGGUUACUAGCCCCUUGCUCCCAGCAUUUUACUUGCCUCUUACAGCAUGCAUGGCUUGCAGAGGAAGGAUUCUUUUCCAUUUUCCCAUAGAGAUGAAAGCAUAAUAUUUGUUGUAAAUAUAACCACUAGUAUCACUGUCACUGCUGUUUGGAAUAUUAUUAUUCAGUAACAUCAGUUUUAUUUUACAAUAACAUGCCAUGCUCAUGCCAUGAAUUCUGGGGCUUAAAGCCUCUUCAAGGGGGGCUCCUUGGCGUGGUGAAGAGGCUCUUGGUCUGAGGAAUUAGAUCUGUCGGUCUACUGCCUCAGACCGAACCUAAUUACCCCCCAAUCCCCCGUUCCCUAUCCCAUCCUCCCCAUCCUCCCCUUUUUCCUUUCCUCCUCCUCCUCCCCACCCCUCCCUUUUGCCCUUCCUUUUUGGCCUUUUUUUUUUUUUUUUUUUCCCACAGGCAUGCUAGUUCCUAGGUAGGGGAAAGGGUACCGGGGUCCAUCCCAUUCCGUUGAGGUUCUUGGCGGUGGCGUAGUUUGCCGUGGAAUCUGGAUUGCCUGGGGAUGUCCUGAUCCCUCUCCGGUAUCCCGGAGGGUGGCUUUGGGUGUCUCUCGGGCGACGGGUGUAUCUCUG